UGUCAAUUUAACAUUGUGACCUUUUGAAGCCCACAUGGUGUCGAUUUCCAGCUGGAAACCAUUGGCAUCCAAUGUGCCACCUACAGAAAUCGUCACGAAGCAUGGGACUCCAAAGGCUGAGCCCAAGGGCCGAUCGAGUCCUGCAGCAGGUGCGGCCAUUGUCUGUGCUGCCCUUCUUUACCACAAACAAGUUGAUUCAUGGAGUUCGCGGAGCACGCGGAGCUUGCGAAGCUUGAGAAGCAGCAGGAGAAGCAAGGCGGAUGUGUAUGAUGCUGCUCAGGUAGAAGCAGCAGCUCUUGAGAAUCCACUCGCAGUUUUCGGGCGUGGUAUGCAGGUUGUUUCCCAGCUUGGGCGAUACUAUGUCGUGCUAAAGCUGGACGAAGCCUUGGGACGGACAGGCGAAGAGAUCGUCAGGGAGAGGUCGAGGGAGCUCCGUCAGCUUCUACUUGAUCUGGGUCCAUGCUACAUCAAGCUUGGCCAGGCGCUGGCCAAUCGUCCAGACAUCAUCAGGGAUGACUAUAUGGCUGAGCUCGAAGCUUUGCAGGACAAGGUACCUCCAUUUCCGUCCAGUGAGGCUAUGUCGAUCAUUCAAACAGAGCUGGGCCAGGACCCGAAGCAGAUAUUUUCAGAGAUCACCGCUGGGCCUGUCGCUGCAGCAUCACUAGGGCAGGUGUACCGCGGCCGACUCCGCUGCAACGGCGAGGAGGUGGCAGUGAAGGUUCAGCGACCAGGACUCAAGGAUAGUUUGAUUCUGGACAUGUUCAUUUUCCGAAGGCUUUCCGAGUUGCUUAACAGUUGGGCCCGACGGCAUUUGGGUUGUAAUGUGACGCUCGUUGUUGAUGAGUUUGCCUCGAAGCUGUGGGAGGAAGCCAAUUACUACCAGGAGGCCCAAAAUGCUCAGAAGUUUGCGGAGAACUUUGGACAAGAUCCGACUGUCAAGAUUCCCAAAGUCUUUAUGCAGUAUGUCAGCAAAAAGGUCAUCACAAUGGAGUGGAUCGACGGCCUGAAGAGCACCGACCUUUCUGGCCUGAGGCGGCGCGGUAUCGAUGUCAACGAGUUCAUCAGGAAUGGAGUUCAGGCUGCCUUGCGGCAACUGCUAGAGUUUGGACUAUUUCAUGGUGACCCACAUGCUGGCAACAUAUUUGCAAUGAAUGAUGGCAGGAUGGCAUACGUUGACUUUGGCAAUGUUGCAAACAUUUCGGAAAGCCAGCGGGACGUCCUAAUUGGUGCCAUCACCCACGUGUCAAACUCGGACUACAAGGAAAUUGCCAACGAUUUUAUUCGUCUGGGCUUCUUGCGUCCGGGCACGGAUGUCUCAGAGAUCGUGCCUGCCAUGGAGACCAUUUGGGCUGACUCCAUGGGUAAGUCGAUCAAGGACUUCAAUUUUCGCACGGUCACUGGGCGCUUUUCAAAGCUUGUUUACCAGUUCCCAAUACGCAUUCCUGAAAGGUUCUCUUUGGUGAUCCGCUCUUUGCUGAUGCAAGAGGGGAUUUGCAUGUGCUUGAACCCAGACUUCAGCAUCAUUGAGGUGGCUCUUCCAUAUGCUUCGAAGAGGCUGUUGAGCAAUCCCAACCCAACGUUGAGGCGGGAAUUACUGAGCAUCAUUUUCAGCGGAGAUGAUAGACCUGUCCUACAGUGGGACCGACUCGCAAACUUAGUGACCUUGGCCAAGCAGGCCCGCGACGGAACCUCGAUUCAGAUAAAUCAAGUCAUCGUGGACUUCUUUCGUGGCCUGCGUCGAGAUGUCAUGAACGGGGUCGAAACCGGUUUUGCACCGGCCAAGGUGCUCCGCGGAAGCUUGGAAGCGUUGACUGCUGGCGACCGACUUCGCCUCCGGGAGCCGGGCUUCGGGCAAAGUGGGCGAGCGGUGAUGCCAGGGUGGCAGAAUCAAGAAGCUGACGAUCUGACAAACGAGCGGUUCGACGACUUCAGUGCCGAGAAUCGCAUAGAUGUUCAAUUUGAAUCGUUGCGGUUUCUUGUGAUGGAUCGUCUGCUGACCAAAGGGGGACAACUGGACGCCGAACUCAAGCUGCACAGAACCUCGAAGGAAGCUAAGCUUGCCACCAUGAAGGCCGACCUCGACACCAAGAAGACGAAGAAGGGUCAGCUAAGGAAGGAUGUGCUGCAGCUGGUGGAGCUUCUCAGUCCAGAUCUCACGCCUGCAUUGGCCAGAGAGGUUGCCGAUGCUCUCAUUCGUGAUUCUGUGGAGGACGUGUUGCGAGAGAGGGGCGUCCAGCUCGAGCUCGAGGACUUGGAUCCCCGAAAUUUGGGCAAGGUUCUCAGCAGUGGAGAACUCUUGAAGCUUCUUCCAGUCCCGGGGCCUGCCUGAGGGGGCUGUACCGGGGUGAGCGUGUGGGCAUCAAAGGAUUGUACAUGAGAAGAGAUGUUUUCUCGACAGAGCUUGGGCUUCGCAUCAUUAUUGUUGCGUUACCCAAGAAGACAGUCGAGUCAAGAUGUGAAG